AUCCACCCAAUCACAACUGACGACGGCCCGAGCCUCGUCCUUAUUGGUGCCUCCACCCAAUCACAACUGACGACGUCCCGAGCCUCGUCCUUAUUGGUGCCCGCUCUUCCUCUGAUUGGCUACCGGUGCAGCGUUGGCCCAACCCUUCUCCACCAACUGUCACAGGAGCUCCCACUUCCUUGUGAUUCUGUCCGGGCGCAUCGAAGAUGGCUUUGAGUAUGGAUGGUAGUGGCUAUAUCAACCAACGUCCUAUUCAUUUACCGAGGCUAUUGUAAAGAAAUAAAGGAUUUCCUUGCGUCGAUAAGUGAAGGGGGAGAGGCGGCAGUAAGUAGUCGCGAGUAGUGUUCAUACGCUCGUCGUACUACGGACGGUUCGCUUCCCGGCGCGUGUUUUUUUGUUGUUUUUUUUUGCUCCCCCUGGUUGAUUCCGAUAGCUAGCUAACUGACACUUAACGACAAUUGUGUAAAUAUUAGCCACAGCUAAGCUAACCACUGCUAGUAAAAAAAAAUGGCCACCAUGGAUAAAUUAAUGAAGGCCUUUGAAUCUCUCAAGUCUUUCCAACAACAACAGGGACCGCCGACCGCCGAGGAGACGGCUCAAAAACAGAAGAAAGAGCUGGCCACCACCAAAAAGGACAGAGUGGCCCACUGCCUGACCAUAUGUGAGAACAUCAUAGCCCAGUCUCUGAGAACGUCUCCGGAGUUCCAGAAGCUUCUGGGUAUCGCCAUGGAGAUGUUCUUGCUGUGCAGUGACGACAGAGAGUCGGACGUCAGGAUGGUGGCAGACGAGUGCCUGAACAAAAUCAUCAAAGCGCUGAUGGACUCCAACCUGCCCAGACUGCAGCUGGAGCUCUACAAAGAAAUUAAAAAGAACGGUGCCUCUCGGAGCCUGAGGGCUGCUCUUUGGAGGUUCGCUGAGCUAGCACACCUCGUCAGACCACAGAAAUGCAGACCGUACCUGGUGAACCUCCUCCCCUGUCUGACCAGGAUCACGAAGAGACAGGAGGAGACUGUCCAGGAGACCCUGUCGGCUGCCGUGCCUAAGAUCAUGACUGCUCUGGGACACUUCGCUAAUGACGGAGAGGUCAAGGUGUUGUUGAAGUCGUUUGUGGCCAACCUGAAGUCCACUUCUCCUACGAUCCGUCGGACGGCCGCCAGCUCGGCGGCUAGUAUUUGUCAACACUCGAGACGGGCCUCCUACUUCUACACCUGGCUGCUCAACAUCCUGCUGGGUCUGUUGGUCCCUGUCGAUGAGGAACAUCCUAACCACCUGGUCCUGGGGGUGUUGUUAACCCUUCGCUACCUGAUGCCUCAACUACAGCAACAGGACAGGACCACCAGCCUGAAAGGAAGCUUCGGAGUCAUGAGGAAGGAGGCAGACUUACAGCCCACGCCUGAACAGCUACUGCAAGUCUAUGAGUCGACUCUCCACUACAGCCAGCAUGGCGACCACAACGUGGUGACGGCCUCUCUGGAACUGAUGCAGCAGAUGUUCCGGACUCCUCCCCCGGAGCUACUGCACAUGCUCAUUACGCCCGGCAGCGUUCCGCACGCCAGCGUGUUCCGACGGGACGUGGAGAGACGCGCCCACUCCGGCAGCAUCCUGGAGUUCAUUGCCGGGGGCGGGUCUUCCUGUAAUAGUCCACUCCUCCUCAGAAAACAGAAAGGCAAGAUGCUGUCGGGGGAGGAGGAGGGGUUGGAGGACGACCCUGAGAGGGCAGAGGUCACCACCGGGGCCUUUACAGCCUCUGUCGCGGGCGCCGACGCCACCGCCCAGGUGGUCGACAUCAUUACCCAGCAGCCCCGCUCCUCACAGCAUGCUCUGCAGCCCGGCGACUCCGUGGACCUCGGUGGCGCCUCCUCGGAACAAGGAACGACUGCCCUCGGGACCUCCGGCGGCGAGGGAGGGGCGGGGACUCCUGAGUCGCCCAAUGACAACGCAGCGGAUGAGGACAUGCUCAGCCACAGCUCCAGCGGGGCUAACGUUACCCCGGAAACGGCCGACUACGCCACACCGGAGAACGCGGAGAUGCCCGAUGGGCCCCUGCUGGACCCCCUGGGAGACCCCUCGCUGCCCCCGAGCGCCGACUCAUCACAGACCACCACAGAGGGGCCGGACUCGGCCGCCACGCCUUCAGACGCCGCUGAACUCGUGUUGGACACCAGUGAGAGUCUGUAUUCAGGGAUGCAGAUUGGAACUUUACAGGAUGAGGAAGAAGAGGGAGCCGUACCUUCAUCACACCCUGAACCCUUCUCCCAGUCCGCACUGGCUCUGAGUAGACCCCACCUCCUAGAGGGCAGAGGUCACAACAGACAGGCGUCAGACAGCAGUGUGGAUCACUGCAUACCGAAGGAGGAACCAGCGGAGACCACAGAGCUGGAGAACAAGCCAUCGAGGAUAAAGGGUCCGAUUGGCCACUACACAGACCAAGGGGCGGAGCCUCUGGUUCACUGUGUGCGACUCCUCUCUGCCUCCUUCCUGCUGACUGGACAGAAGAAUGGGCUGGUCUCUGAUAAAGAGGUCCGUGUCAGUGUGAAGGUUCUAGCAGUCAGCUGUAUCGGAGCAGCAGCUGCCCUUCAUCCUGAAGUCUUCUUCAACUCUCUGUACCUGGAACCACUGGACGGAGUGACACAGCAGGAGCAGCAGUAUAUCAGUGAUGUGUUGUGUCUGGUUGCUCAUGGAGACCCUCAGGUCAGAGGUGCUGCAGGGGUGUUGUGUGGCUCCGUGAUCCACUCUGCUCUCACCAAGACACGUUACAACAUACACGCCUGGAUGGCCAGCGUUCACGCCUCUACAGGUAACCCAUUGUCCCUGGUGGAUCUAGUUCCUGUACUACAGAACACUCUGAAGGACGAGUCCUCUGUCACCUGUAAGAUGGCCUGCUCUGCAGUCAGGCAUUGCAUCAUGACUCUUUGUAGCAGUACUCUGAGUGAGUUGGGUCUGCAUCUCCUGGUUGACCUGCUGACCUUAAAGGACUGUUCCUAUUGGCUGGUCAGGACGGAACUCCUGGACACUCUGGCAGAGAUAGAUUUCCGGUUGGUGAACUUCCUGGAGAAGAGAACAGAGAGUUUACACAAAGGAGAGCAUCACUACACUGGGUUGCUAAGGUUACAGGAGAGAGUGUUGAAUGGCGUUGUGAUUCAUUUGUUGGGAGACGAAGAUCCUCGAGUACGACACAUAGCCGCUGCUACUGCCAGCAGGCUGGUCAGUGUAUUGUUCUAUGAGUGUGACCAGGGUCAGGCUGACCCGGUGGUGGCUAUAGCCAGAGACCAGAGCUCUGUGUAUCUACAGUUACUGAUGCAUGAGACGCUGCCACCUUCACACUUUACUGUCUCUACCAUCACCAGGACGUAUCGUGGUUAUAACCUGUCUCAGGGAGUGUCAGACGUCACUGUGGAGAAUAACUUGUCAAGAGUCGUCUCUGCCGUGUCCCACGCUCUCACCUCCUCUACGUCACGGGCCCUCACUUUUGGCUGCUGUGAGGCGCUGCAUCUUCUGACCACCGCCUACCCAGCAUGCACCUGGAGUACGGGCUGGCAUUGUGGUUACGUCAGCUCCACCGUCACACACCCCAACCGCUCAAACCUCAACCGCUCCCGGGCACGCUCACACAGCCUCUCCCAGCCCGGCUCAGGCCCUUUAGAGGAAGGGAAGAGGAGUCUAACAGUAGGGAUGGCUAACAUGAUGAUGUCUCUACUGUCCUCUGCCUGGUUUCCUCUGGACCUCUCUGCUCACCAAGAUGCUCUGCUGCUGGCUGGGAACCUGCUCGCUGCGACGGCUCCACAGUGUAUGUGUAGUCCCUGGGCUGGGGAGGAGGAGGUAGGGCCGGUCCCCGGUAAGACAGAGGAGCCCUGGGCAGCGGUGGGGGAGCGCCCCCUGGUGGUCCUGGUGGAACAACUCUUCUCUCACAUCCUCAAGAUACUCAACAUCUGUGCCCACGUGCUGGACGACACGCCGCCCGGACCCGCCGUCAAGGCCACCCUGCCGUCCCUAGCCAACGCUCCCUCCCUCAGCCCCAUCAGAAGGAAAGGCAAGGAGGUAGCAGAGCCAAGCACCAUUCCCAUGAGCCCUAAGAAAGGCAGCGAGACCAACACUGGCAGGCCAGCGGACAGCUCGGGGUCCACGGCUAACGUCAACAAGUCCACAACCCUGGGGAGCUUCUAUCAUCUACCCACCUACCUCAAACUGUACGACGUCCUCAAAGCUACACACACCAACUAUAAGGUUACGUUGGACCUCCACAGCACCAACGAGAAGUUCGGGGGGUUCCUGCGUUCUACGUUGGACGUUCUGUCUCAGCUGCUAGAGAUGGCCACGCUACACGACAUCGGAAAGUGUGUGGAAGAGAUCCUCAGCUACCUGAAACUCUGCUUCUCCAGAGAACCUCUGAUGGCCACGGUCUGUGUUCAACAGUUAUUGAAGACGUUGUUUGGUACCAACCUAGCCUCCCAGUACGAGGGGGCCCAGGGCGGUCCUAGUCGAUCCCAGGGGAAGGCUCUCCGUCUGGGCUCGUCCAGCCUGAGACCUGGUCUCUAUCACUACUGUUUCAUGGCCCCCUACACACACUUCACCCAGGCCCUGGCCGACGCCAGCCUCAGGAACAUGGUGCAGGCUGAGCAGGAGCAGGACGCGUCAGGGUGGUUUGAUGUAAUGCAGAAGGUGUCCAACCAGCUGAGAUCCAGUAUCACCAACGUGACCAAACAGAGAGGAGACAAGAAUGCGAUCCACAACCACAUCCGUCUGUUUGAACCUCUGGUGAUCAAGGCUCUGAAACUGUACACCACCUCCACCUCUGUAGCGCUGCAGAGACAGGUCCUAGACCUGCUGGCGCAGCUGGUACAGCUACGAGUCAACUACUGUCUGCUGGACUCAGACCAGGUGUUCAUAGGUUUUGUGCUGAAGCAGUUUGAGUACAUUGAGGUGGGACAGUUCAGAGAUUCGGAGGCGAUCGUCCCCAACAUAUUCUUCUUCCUGGUUCUGUUGUCGUACGAGCGGUACCACUCCAAACAGAUCAUCAGCAUCCCAAAGAUCAUUCAACUGUGUGAUGGCAUCAUGGCUAGUGGGAGGAAGGCUGUCACACAUGCCAUCCCAGCCCUGCAGCCUAUAGUCCAUGACCUGUUUGUUCUGAGAGGCUCCAACAAGGCUGACGCUGGGAAGGAGCUGGACACCCAAAAAGAGGUGGUGGUCUCCAUGCUGCUGAGACUCAUACAGUACCACCAGGUGCUGGAGAUGUUCAUCCUGGUCCUCCAGCAGUGUCACAAGGAGAACGAGGACAAGUGGAAGAGACUGUCCAGACAGAUUGCUGACAUCAUACUGCCCAUGAUAGGAAAACAACAGAUGCACCUGGACUCCCCUGAGGCUCUGGGAGUGUUGAACACUCUGUUUGAGACGGUCGCUCCCUCCUCUCUCCGCCCGGUAGAUAUGCUGCUGAAGGGAAUGUUCACUACACCUGCUACCAUGGCUAAUGUCAACACAGUUCAGCUGUGGGUGUCAGGUGUCCUGGCUGUCCUCCGAGUCCUCAUCUCUCAGUCCACUGAAGACAUAGUCCUCUCUCGUGUCCACGAGCUCUUCUCUCCUCUCCUCCUCUCCUGUCCCACCAUCCGACGUCUCCGCGACGACAGCAGCCUCUCGUCGCCCCCGCCACCGCCUCUGGCGACCCCGGCAACUGUCGCCCCCGACAACCAGGAGGCCAACGGAGAGCGGGCGCCGCCGGAGGAGACGUUUGCCAGGUUCCUACUCCAGCUAGUAGGAGUGAUGUUAGAUGACUCCUCUCCUCUCCUCUCUCCAGGUUCCUACUCCAGCUAUCCCAUCCCUCCUCUCUCUCUCUCCCAUCCCUCCCCCCCUCUCUCUCCAGGCAUGUUCCGUAGGAUCACAGCAGCAGCCACCCGUCUCCUGAAGGGUGAGGCUGUUCUGGGUGCAGGUCCAGGGGUCAGUGGUGUCUUCUACCCCCUAGAGGGUCUUAAUGCCAUGGUGGGCUGCCUGGUGACCACACACCCCUCCCUGGUUCUACUCUGGUGCCAAGUCCUCCUCAUCAUCAACUACACCAACUACAGCUGGUGGACAGAGGUACACCAGACACCCAGGAGACAGAGUCUGUCCUGUACCAAGCUGCUGAGCCCUCAUUCAUCAGGAGGGGUGGAGGAGGAGAGACCAGAGGCCAGGCUGGCCAUGUGUAACAGAGAGAUCGUACGCAGGGGAGGACUCAUUCUCUUCUGUGACUACGUGUGUCAGAACCUGCACGACUCGGAGCACCUGACCUGGCUGAUCGUCAACCACGUCCGUGACCUCAUCGACCUUUCCCAUGAGCCUCCGGUGCAGGACUUCAUCAGCGCCGUUCAUCGCAACUCGGCCGCCUCCGGACUGUUCAUACAGGCUAUACAGUCACGCUGUGACAACCUCGCUACACCCACCAUGUUGAAGAAGACUCUCCAGUGUCUAGAAGGGAUCCACCUGUCCCAGUCUGGUUCUCUGUUGAUGCUCUACGUGGACAAACUACUGAACACUCCUUUCAGAGUCCUGGCUCGUAUGGUUGAUACUCUCGGCCUGCAGGAGGUGGAAAUGCUGCUGGCUGAAACACUACAGAACAGUUUAGUCCAGCUGCCGGUGGAGGAACUGGACAGAAUCCAGGAAUACCUUCAGAUCAGUGGACUUGCUCAACGGCACCAGAGGUUCUACUCCCUGCUGGACAGGUUCCGAGCCACCGUUGCCGAGGACACCAGCAGCCCCUCCCCUCCUGUGACAUCACACCCCCUGGAUGGGGAACCGCCACCUGCCCCUGAACUAGUCAAGGCUGACAAGGAGUGGUAUGUUGCCUUGGUGAUGUCCCAGUGCUGUCACCGUGGUGACGGGUCGUUCCUGGAGACAACGGAACUCCUGACCAAACUACCUCCUGACGACCUCUCUACCAUCAUGACCUGCAAGGACUUCAACCUGUCUCUCCUCUGUCCGUGUCUGAGUCUGGGGGUUCAGAGGUUAACCCGGGGUCAGGGGUCGUUGCUAUUGGAGACGGCCCUGGCCGUGACCCUGGAUCAUCUGAGCGGGGUCACACAGCUACUUCCUGUUCCACACCGUUCCUUCCUGCCGCCGGCCAAACCUGACCCGGCCGAACCCUACUGGGACAACUUGGCUAUCGUCUAUGGUGAGGCUGGACUCUACCCGCGGGUGAUGUCUCUGUGUAGAGCGCUGUCUCAGUAUCUGCUGUGUGUGGGUCAGCUUCCUUCCCCUCUGCAAAUCCCUGAAGACAAACAACAUCUCAUCACCACCUUCACCACCAUGGCUACCGAGUUGGUGGUCUGGCGUGUUCUCCAGGACAGUGUUCCUCUGAGUGUUGACCUGCAGGGGGCUCUGUCCUGUCUGUGUCUGGCCCUGCAACAACCCUGUGUCUGGAACACACUGUCUACAGCCCCGUACAAAACACACACCUGCUCUGUCAUACACUGCCUACGACUCCUCAUCACUGCAGUGGCAGUAGGUCCAGGUGACCAUCUCUUACAUCCAGGGAAGAAGAGAACCACAGGGUCAGACGGCGAUUCAGACCAGGUCCACUCUCCAAACACAGACAACGUGUGUGAGCGACGAUCGUGUGAGAUUAUGGCUGAGCUGGUGGAAGGUCUCCAGAGCGUUCUGUCUCUGGGUCACCAUAGAAACAGCGGAAUCCCAGCCUUCCUCACGCCGAUGCUCCGAAACAUCAUCAUCAGUCUGUCCAGACUACCGCUGGUCAACAGCUACACUAGAGUCCCCCCCCUGGUGUGGAAGCUGGGCUGGUCCCCUCGGCCGGGGGGGGAGUUUGGCACCACCCUUCCUGAGAUCCCUGUAGAGUUCCUGCAGGAGAAGGACGUGUUCAGGGAGUUCCUCUAUCGCAUCAACACACUGGGCUGGAGUAGUAGGACCCAGUUUGAAGAGACCUGGGCCACACUGCUGGGAGUUCUGGUCACUCAACCCAUCUCUAUGGACCAGGAGGAGGAGAGGGAACAGGAGGAGGACUUGGAGCGUACCCAGUUGAAUGUGUUAGCGGUCCAGGCCAUCACGUCUCUGGUUCUGAGUUCCAUGACUCUCCCUACUGCCGGAAACCCUACUGUCUCCUGUCUGGAACAACAGCCGAGAAACAAGACCCUUAAAGUCCUGGACACACGGUUUGGCAGGAAGUUGUCAGUGAUCAGAGGAGCCGUGGAGAGAGAGAUCCAGGCCAUGGUGUCGAAGAGAGACAACGUACACACACACCACCCCUACCACACCUGGGACCCUGUCCCCUCCCUGUCUGCUGUCUCACCAGGUACACUGAUCAGCCAUGAGAAACUCCUACUGCAGAUCAACACAGAGAGAGAGAUGGGGAACAUGGACUACAAACUGGGACAGGUGUCCAUCCAUUCUGUGUGGCUAGGGAACAACAUUACCCCUCUGAGAGAGGAAGAGUGGGGUGAGGAUGAGGAAGAUGAGACUGAUACUCCGGCCCCCGCCUCUCUUCCUACCUCUCCUAUCAACUCCAGGAAGCAUCGUGCAGGUGUAGACAUCCACUCCUGUUCUCAGUUCCUAUUGGAGCUCUACAGCCAGUGGCUCCUCCCCGGUUCCCCUAGCAACAGACGCACCCCUGUUGUGCUCAUCAGCGAGGUGGUCCGAUCGUUGUUGGCGGUCUCUGACCUGUUCACGGAGCGUAACCAGUUUGACAUGAUGUUCACCACCCUGAUGGAGCUGCAGAAGAGUCAUCCUGCUGAAGAUGAGAUAAUGAACCAGUACCUGGUACCAGCUCUCUGUAAGGCUGCUGCUGUCCUGGGCAUGGACAAGGCGACCUCUGAACCUGUGUGUCGGGUGUUGGAGCUGACCCUGCACAGUACCCACCUCCCCAGCCGUAUGGGAGCGCUGCACGGUCUGCUGUACGUACUGGAGUGUGACCUGCUGGACGACACGGUGAAACAGCUGAUACCUGCCGUCUCUGACUACAUACUGAGUAACCUACGGGCCAUAGCACACUGUGUGAACCUGCACAACCAGCAGCAUGUCUUGGUGAUGUGUGCUGUGGCCUUUUACAUGAUGGAGAACUACCCUCUGGAUGUAGGAGCCGAGUUUACUGCUGGGGUUAUACAGAUGUGUGGUGUGAUGGUAUCAGCCAGUGAAGACUCCACCCCCUCAGUGAUCUACCACUGUGUGUUGCGUGGGUUGGAGCGCCUCCUGCUGUCGGAGCAGCUGUCUCGUAUGGACGGAGAGGCACUGGUUAAACUGAGUGUCGACAGGGUUAACAUGCCAAGCCCUCACAGAGCCAUGUCUGCACUGGGACUCAUGCUCACCUGCAUGUACACAGGCAAGGAGAAGGCCAGCCCUGGUCGCCCGGCCGGCGCUGUCGACCCUCAGGCCCCCGACAGCGAGUCUGUCAUCGUUGCCAUGGAGAGGGUCUCUGUGCUCUUCGACAGGGUCCGUAAGGGUUUACCCAGCGAGGCACGGGUGGUGGCCAGGAUUCUUCCUCAGUUCCUGGACGACUUCUUCCCUCCGCAGGACGUCAUGAACAAGGUCAUCGGAGAGUUCCUGUCCAAUCAGCAGCCUUACCCACAGUUCAUGGCUACUGUGGUCUACAAGGUGUUCCAGACCCUCCAUGCUACAGGCCAGUCCAGUAUGGUGACAGACUGGGUGUUACUGUCUCUGUCUAACUUCACCCAGAGAACCCCAGUUGCCAUGGCCAUGUGGAGUCUGUCUUGCUUCUUCAUCUCUGCCUCCACCUCCCAGUGGGUCUCUGCCCUCCUGCCCCAUGUCAUCAGCCGUAUGGGUAAGAGUGAGGUGGUGGACAUCAGCCUGUUCUGUCUGGUAGCCCUGGACUUCUACAGACACCAGCUGGAUGAAGAGUUGGACCGCAGAGCCUUCCAGUCUGUCUUCCAGACCGUGGCCUCGCCUGGCAACACCUAUCAGCAACUACUGGACUGUCUGCAGAGUAUCCACCAAGACACAUCACUCUGAGAGAGAGAUGUAGCCCCUAUCACCAGACAUCACACAAAGAGAGGGGGGGGGGGGGGGGCAGAGAGAGAGAGAGGGGGCAGAGAGGGAGAGGGGGAGGAGGGAGAGAGGGGGGGCAGAGAGAGAGACGGGAGAGAGAGAGGGACUGAGGGAGGGAGAGAGAUGUAGCUCUUAUCACCAGACAUCAGAGAGAGAGGGAGGGGGGGGGCAGAGAGAGAGAUGGGGGGGGAGAAGGAGAGACUAUGACAGAGGGAGAGAGACCAAACAAUUAAACGGACGGACACACAACUAGUCUUUCUUCGUCCAAAUCAGAUGACCUCAUCUCAUUUCCCUCUCAGCUGCUGAUCUGACAUCGUUGAAGAGCCAAAAGGAAAGCGACAUGACAGAUGAGUGUCUUACUGUACCAGACAUACAGGAGAGAGCUGACAGAGGAAGGAGUGUCUUACUGUACCAGACAUACAGGAGAGAGCUGACAGAGGAAGGAGUGUCUUACUGUACCAGACAUACAGGAGAGAGCUGACAGAGGAAGGAGUGUCUUACUGUACCAGACAUACAGGAGAGAGCUGACAGAGGAAGGAGUGUCUUACUGUACCAGACAUACAGGAGAGAGCUGACAGAGGAAAGGAGUGUCUUACUGUACCAGACAUACAGGAGAGAGCUGACAGAGGAAGGAGUGUCUUACUGUACCAGACAUACAGGAGAGAGCUGACAGAGGAAGGAGUGUCUUACUGUACCAGACAUACAGGAGAGAGCUGACAGAGGAAGGAGUGUCUUACUGUACCAGACAUACAGGAGAGAGCUGACAGAGGAAGGAGUGUCUUACUGUACCAGACAUACAGGAGAGAGCCAUUUUACAGUGUUAGGACACUGCUAGCUAGCGACAGGCUCGUACUUGACCCCUCUCCCUUCUAGAGAAAUAAUUGAAAGAAAGAAAUAAUUGGCUCAUUUAAGAUUAUUUUGGUUCCCCCUGCAUCCUCGUUUCCCCCCGGGACCAUUCAUUAAGACGGGACAACAACACACCCACCAUGAGGGACUUCCAGCACCUUGAUGACGAACUAAGAUAAAUAAUAUUCAAUCCCCAAAAAGAGGGGGAAAACCCUGGAAUUGUAUAUUUUCCUGUGAAGUACUUCAUUGGUUUGUGAUGUGAAAUCAAGAUACGAUAAACAAAUCUAAAGUAUUUCCUGAUGUUUAAAAGAUCCAUACUUCUAUUUUUCAGUUGUUGUUGUUUUAUUACAAACGGCAAAGUAAUGAUUUAAACUGACUGAUUACAGCUGAUGCUUUGAUUGAUAGGUCUUUAUACAUCCCAAAUGAUACUCUAUUCCCUACGUAGUGCACUAUAUAUAGGGAAUAGGGUGCCAUAGGGCUCUGGUCUAAAGUAGUGCACUAUAUAGGGAAUAGGGUGCCAUAGGGCUCUGGUCUAAAGUAGUGCACUAUAUAGGGAAUAGGGUGCCAUAGGGCUCUGGCCUAAAGUAGUGCACUACAUAGGGAAUAGGGUGAGAACUACUGUAAAAGAGACAUGAGGAUGAUGAAUGAGAACUACUGUAAAAGAGACAUGAGGAUGAUGAAUGAAUGAGAACUACUGUAAAAGAGACAUGAGGAUGAUGAAUGAAUGAGAACUACUGUAAAAGAGACACGAGGAUGAUGAAUGAAUGAGAACUACUGUAAAAGAGACACGAGGAUGAUGAAUGAAUGAGAACUACUGUAAAAGAGACAUGAGGAUGAUGAAUGAGAACUACUGUAAAAGAGACAUGAGGAUGAUGAAUGAAUGAGACCUACUGUAAAAGAGACAUGAGGAUGAUGAAUGAAUGAGAACUACUGUAAAAGAGACAUGAGGAUGAUGAAUGAAUGAGAACUACUGUAAAAGAGACACGAGGAUGAUGAAUGAAUGAGAACUACUGUAAAAGAGACAUGAGGAUGAUGAAUGAAUGAGAACUACUGUAAAAGAGACAUGAGGAUGAUGAAUGAAUGAGAACUACUGUAAAAGAGACAUGAGGAUGAUGAAUGAAUGAGAACUACUGUAAAAGAGACAUGAGGAUGAUGAGCGAUGAAGAAACUGUAAUGGGACAUUGAGAUGA